CUGAAGUUACCAUGAAGGACAUAAGAACAGAAAUACAUUAAGCAAGACUAUGAAGAAAUCCUUUAAGAAAGGACCAAAGAUUCCAGCUCUCAAAUUUCAAGAAAUCUCUCAGAAUGACUACAAAUGACAUAAUAAACAGAAAUAUAAAACAUUUUCCAUGUUCUGAAUGUGGGAAAUGUUUUAGCCGCUAUUCAAAAUUUGUUAUCCACUUCAGGACUCACACCGGAGAAAAACCUUUUUCAUGUUGUGAAUGUGGGAAAUCUUUUAAUCAGCGCUCAUAUCUUAUGAAACAUCAGAGAAUUCACAAAAUAGAUAAACCUUUCUAUUGUUCUGAGUGUGGGAAAAGUUUUCCCUGUAAUUCAGAUCUUGUGAGACAUCAGAAAACUCACACAGGAGAAAAACAGUUCUCAUGCUCUGAAUGUAGGAAAUAUUUUAGUCAACAGACGCAUCUUGUUAAACAUCGGCGAAUUCACUCAGGAGAGAAACCUUUCUCAUGUUCUGAAUGUGGGAAAUGUUUUGUUUGUAAAACACAACUAGUCAUACAUCAGAGAAUUCACACAGGAGAUAAAUCUUUCUUAUGUUCUGAAUGUGGGAAAAGUUUUGUUUGUAAAUCAGAACUUCUUAGACAUCAGAGAUUUCACACAGGAGAGAAACCAUUCUCAUGUUCUGAAUGCGAGAAAUGUUUUCACAGUAAAUUUGAUCUUGUUAGACAUCAGAUAACUCACACAGGCGAGAAACCUUUCUCAUGUACGGAAUGUGAGAAAUGUUUUAGUCGUCAUUCGCUUCUUAUUAGACAUCAGAGAACUCACACGGGAGAGAAACCUUUUUCAUGUUCUGAAUGCGGGAAAUGUUUUAACCGUCACUCAAUCCUUGUUACACAUCAGAGAACUCACACAGGAGAGAAACUGCUCUCAUGCUCUGAAUGUGGGAAAUGUUUUAGUCGGCGUGCACAUCUUCGUUUACAUCAGAGAACUCACACAGGGGAUAAACCUUUCUCAUGUUCUGAAUGUGGGAAAUGUUUUAGCCAGCGCUCAGUUCUUACAAAGCAUCAGGGAACUCACACAGGAGAGAAACCUUAUUCAUGUUCUGAAUGUGGAAAAUGUUUUCAAAGUAAAUCGGAUCUUGUUAGACAUGAGAGAACUCACACAGGAGACAAACCUUUCUCAUGUUCUAAAUGUGGGAAAUCUUUUAGCCAGCAUUCACAUCUUAUUGCACAUCAGAGAACUCACACAGGAGAGAAACCUUACUUAUGUUCUGAAUGUGGAAAAUCUUUUAGUCAUCAAACUAAUUUUAUUGCACAUCAAAGAACACACACAGGAGAGAAACCUUACUCAUGUUCUGAAUGUGGGAAAUGUUUUAUCCAGCGCUCAGAUCUUACCAAACAUCAGAGAACUCACAGGGCAGAGAUACUUUACAUAUGCUCUGAAUGUGGUAACAGUUUUAGCCAGCAAUCGGUUUUUGUUAGCCAUAAGAGAACUUGCACAACAUAUUAAUUUUGUGAUGUUCUGAAUGUGGGAAAUUAUAUAUUGAACCCUAAAGUUUUAUGAGGCAUCAAUGGGUAUAAAACUUAUUGUGAAAAAGAGAAAUUUACUAAAUCUG